AUGUGCGUCAAUCGCAAGCGACCGCGCCGUGAGCAGCUACGCAAUAACCAGGCACAGGAGAACGAGGAGCUCGCAACGGCUGCGCAUCGUGAUGAAAUGGUGGCUGCUAUUUUGACGAUCACGUCGGCGCUGGGAUUAUCAAGGGAGACGUUGCACUUGUGUGUGGGCCUACUGGAUCGAUACAUGGAGCAACUGGUCGUUGAGGCGGUGAAACUGGAAGCCCUGAGCAUCUCAUGCUUGUGGAUUGCAGUGAAGUUCGUCGAGACUCCGACGACUAUUUUCGACAAGAGCAUCAAGGAGAUUCUCCAGCGACGGAGACACUCCAGUAACUGGACGUGGAAUGAGAUUCUUGAGCUCGAGCUGAAGAUCUUGCACAUCCUGGACUUCCGAAUCAUGACUCCUACCAUACUCGACUGCCAGCUAGCUCUGUACUUCGCUGAUUUACUGCUUCUCAAGGCGAGGUCCAACCAGUUUUUGAAAGAGCUUCUCGUGGACGCUAUCUGGUUCGUGGUGUCGGGGAACCAGAUUGCCGACGUGAAGCCGCCGCUGCUGGAGCCUGUCGUGCUGCUCUACCUAGCGCACCGUGACAACAUCAACCCAAACCACGCAGUGUUUAAGCCGUGGUUCGCGCUGCGCUGCCGCUACGGCACUUUCCUGCCUUCCCCGUGGAAGGUGCCCUACGAUCCGUCCUGUGUAUGCCGUGUUUGCGAGCACGUCAAGGACGAGCUGGCAUCGUGA